AAAUCACAUGUUUAGCAAUUUUCUAAAGUCUCAUUUUACAUUCCCUUUAGCUUUUUGGCUAUCACUGUAAUAAUUUAGAUUUGGUACAUAAGUUACGGAAGAGGAGAAAGUCCAGCCCACAUUUCAAACUUGGCCAACCCUUGAUGAGAAAGGAGUAUCUUGGUCUACUAUAGUACUGUUUUUCCCUGCUGGCCUCUUUUGAAAUGCUCAUCUUUCCAAAAUUUCUCUGCACAGACCCCCCAGUUAUGUGUUUUCCAUCUCCUAUCUCAGCAUUAUUUUAAUCAGAUAUUAUUUCUGUGAUGGACAAUACCCAAAAGACUCUAAAGGAGGAAGAGAACGAUGAAAAGCAACUUGGAGAUAAUACUCAAAAGGAAAAUAAACCACCUAGAAAGAUUAUUUAUUUUGCAAAUGGCGAAUCAAUGGAAGAAUGCAGUUCAGAGGAAGAUGAUGUUGAGGAGGGCAAUCAGAAGCCACUACUUGACACUGCCAAUCUCUCUUGGAGUAAUUACCUACGACUCUGGGUACUUCGAAUUGUAGCCACAGCAUUUUUUUCUUGUGAGGUUCUUGGUGGGAAAUUUGCCACGUUCUUUGGACUCAAUGAAUCUAAAUACCAGUAUGCGGUGGAUGAAUACUACAGGACACAAAAUAAGAUAAAGAAAAGCAAAAGUGAUGAAGAUGACAAAGAGAUGCUGAAGAUGGAGACAGCUGCAUCAAAUGAAAAGCAGCACCUGGAAAUGCAGCACCUGAGAUAUGGGUCCAUUAAUUGUAAAGAUACUGUUGCAGAUAUAAAUGAACUUGAAGAAGGUGGGCUGCAAGGUCUAGAAUAAACCAGAAUUAUGGGA